CUGAAAAGAAAGAGAGAGUUGAGGUUUAUUUUUAUGUAUAAAGAAAAAGGAAAAACAAGUUCCUUGAGAUCGACAAGCAGAUCCCACCGAAAUAAAUUCAUAACUUCUUCUACCUUACACCCCUUCUCCAUCUUCAUAAAACCCUUGUUCACAGAAUUCACCACCUCCCUGUUGUGAGUGUGAUAUUAUUUUUAUUAUCCUUCUUUCAUCUCCCUGAGUAAUUGUAGAAAUAGUGAGAGAGAGAGAGAGAGAGGAGAGAGAGAUAGAACCCUAUGCUGGGGGACUUGGGGAGCUCCUCGGAUGCCACCACCGCCACAGCCAUGGUCGUAGAGCCCUACGAGGGCGGUGGCGGUGAUGUCGGGGUCGGUUCAAACUCGGGUGAGGAGGAGAAAAGUAAUUAUGGCAGAGGUGGUGACGGUGGCGGUGGUAGCGGUGAGGAGUUUGGUGACAAAAGCUUCGGUGGCAACCGGUGGCCUCGGCAGGAAACGUUGGCUCUAUUGAAGAUUCGGUCUGACAUGGACGUGGCGUUUCGUGAUGCAAGUGGUAAAGGUCCAUUAUGGGAUGAAGUUUCCAGAAAGCUAGCAGAGCUUGGCUUUCAUCGAAGCGCCAAGAAAUGCAAGGAGAAAUUCGAGAACGUCUACAAGUACCACAGGAGAACAAAAGAAGGCCGCACCGGCAAAUCGGACGGCAAGACAUAUCGGUUCUUUGAGCAAUUACAAGCCCUCGAAAAUCAACCUCCGACUCCAACCACGCCCAACUCCACUACCAAUCAUCAAUCAAGCCCACAAUCCACAAUUGCAAUGCCAGUGUCAAACCCUCUUCCCCUUCCUACAAUUUCUCAUAUCAAUAGUACUAGUACUAAGAGUACUAAUACUGUUCUAUCCACUGCACCACACCAAGGAAUUACAACACCAACAAUCCCUAGUUCGUUAUUCCCGCCAACGAAUUCCAUAAUUUUCUCACCACCGCCGCAGCAAAACCCUACUUCUCACCUCUCGCAUCACCAGGCUACUACAUUUGUCCCGCAUUCUACAUUUCCGAGCAUAUCAUCUGCCGAUCUCAUGUCGAAUUCAACCGCUUCAUCGACCUCAUCCGACGAAGAAAUGGAAGGCCGGGCCAAGAGGAAGAGGAAGUGGAAGGACUUCUUCGAGACCCUGAUGAAGGAGGUGGUCCGCAAGCAGGAGGAUCUCCAGAGGAGGUUCUUUGAAGCCAUUGAGAAACGCGAGCAAGAAAAAAUGGCAAGAGAAGAAGCCUGGAGAAUGCAGGAGAUGGCCCGUAUCAACCGCGAACGUGAUAUUCUUGCCCAAGAACGCUCCAUCGCCGCCGCCAAAGACACCGCAGUCAUGUCCUUUUUGCAAAAGAUAGCCGAACAACAGCAACCCCAAGCCACACCUAAUAACCAUUUGCCGACGUCACAAACGCCGCAACCACCUCCAGCUCAGCAAUCAGCUGCUCCUACUCCGGCUCCUCCGCAACGGCAGCACACUACACCACCACCACCAGCGCUGCAGAUAACACAAGCGCCGAUCACGUCUUUCGAGCUUACUGCGAUAGCAAAUGGUGAGAGCAACAACAGUAAUAAUAAUAAUAUGGUAAGUCCAACAACGCCGAGCUCAUCGAGAUGGCCGAAAGUGGAGGUACAUUCACUCAUCAAGCUAAGAACAAGUCUGAACUCUAAGUACCAAGAGAACGGCCCCAAGGGACCUCUCUGGGAGGAGAUAUCUGCAGGGAUGAAGAAUCUCGGGUACAACCGGAGCUCCAAGAGGUGCAAGGAGAAGUGGGAGAACAUCAACAAGUACUUCAAGAAGGUCAAGGAGAGCAACAAGAAGAGGCCCGAGGAUUCCAAGACAUGUCCUUAUUUCCACCUCCUCGACAGUUUGUACAGAGAGAAGAACAACAAGGUCGAUCAGAUCGGAAAUAACAAUAACAACGGCAACAACAGUUCAGAGACCAAUGCAGCAGCGCUGAUGGUGAGGCCGGAGCAGCAAUGGCAACCUCCGGUGGAUCAGAACCAUGAGGAAGAAGAGAGGGAAGGUGACGAAGACGAAGACGAAGACGAGGAUGAUGAAGAAGACGAGGGCAACUAUGAGAUAGUGGCGAACAAAGGAGCUUCAGUUUCAGUGGGAGCAACAGAAGCUGAGUGAGUGAGGUCAUGAAAGAAAUGGCAAAGAAAUUAAGAAAGUUUGUUUCAAAUUUCAAAGCGGGUCAGGUUUCGCAGAGCUGCCGGAUCGGGUAAGUGGGUGGUGGAGUAAACUAGAAUGAAAAAUGCACAGAAGAGGCAAGAAAGCAAUAUAAAAAAAAAACAGAAACACACAUGGUGGGGAUAGCAAGGAAAAAGAGUGUGGUCGGUGAUCAUAUAUAUAGUACGUCGGUAAAUUAUUAUGUCUAUUUUACAAAUUUAUUUCUACAAUGAUAAAAAUAAGCUAGCUAUAGCCACGAGAAAGAAAUCUAGAGGUGUUCUUGUUCACAAAAUACACGAGUCACUUGUAAUA